AUGGCCGUUAUCAGUUAUCAACGCGUCGACUAGCGAACACGAUUUUUUGGAUUUUUAUCAACGGCGGCAAACUUCUAAAGUGUCAGGCUAUUAUUAUUAUUUUCCACCGGACAAGUUUUUCGGCCAGUGCCUACCGCAGGCCGGCUAUCGCGCGCGCGCUGUCGUCCGCUCCAUACACGUGUUCGCGUACUAAUGCACACAGUCUUUCUCUCUCACGCGUGUGAUCUGCUCUUGUGCGUCGCCGUCACGUCGGGUAACACUCCCGGUUCUCGCCGCCGUAGGUGUUAUUGGUGAAUCAUUAUUAUGCGCUCGGGCCUUGGCGAAAAUGUCGUGUGAACGCCGACGACGGUGUAUCAUCGCGUUGACCGGACCACGAACAUUAAUAACAACAACAACGAAAACAAUUCCGCCGCCGCCACCGCCACCUUCGUCAUUCCGGUUCUGUAGCAACGCUUUUAACCUUGACUGUUGCGCUCUUUGACCCGUCCACUACAGAGACGUACGCGUGGACGUAUCCCUAUUUAACGGCCAGUAUAUCUUCUGCCAGCGCGCAAUUGAGCCGCAUACGCACUACUAUGGAGUGCGACAAUCUCGACGAGUGCAUCCAGAACUGGGACUCGAUCGCUGGCGAGUACAAGACUCUUGAGAAUGUUAAUAAAGAGUAUUUGGCCAAAGUGGAAGAAGUUAGUGAUCUUCAAGGACAGUGUAUGAAACAAGUUAGUCACCAAAAAUACAGAUUAAAUUUCAUAGCAAAAUCAUUAAAAAAAUUUGAUAAAGAUGAACGUCAAGACAUUGUUCAGCGACUUUGGAAAGAUAUCAACCAUCGUCGUCAACAACUAUCUGAUAUUGAACAAUCACUGCCUAAGCCAAACGGAUCAUACCUAAAAAUUAUUUUGGGCAAUGUAAAUGUGUCAAUUCUGAAUAAAGAAGACAAGUUUCGUUACAAAGAUGAAUAUGAAAAAUUCAAACUGGUUCUAAGCAUAAUUGGUUUCUUUUUAUCACUUAUGAAUUUGCUUACCAAGAAACGAGCACUUGAAUUGACUUUUUUGUUUCUGUUAGUCUGGUACUAUUGUACAUUGACAAUACGUGAGAGCAUAUUGAAAGUUAAUGGUUCUAAAAUCAAAGGCUGGUGGCGGGUUCAUCAUUUCAUAUCAACUGUAGCUUCAGCCGUGUUACUUGUUUGGCCCAAUUCAGAAACAUGGUUUAUAUUUAGGCCACAAUUUAUGAUUUUUAAUGUACUCAUUAGUGUAGUUCAAUCAUUCCAAUUUGUGUACCAGCAAGGAGUCUUAUAUAGACUAAAAGCAUUAGGUGAACGUCAUAACAUGGAUAUUACCAUAGAAGGUUUUCAUUCUUGGAUGUGGCGUGGUCUUAGUUUUCUAUUACCAUUUUUAUAUUUAGGAUAUAUUUUCCAACUAUACAAUGCAUAUACUCUAUAUAAGUUGUGUUACCAUCCACAUGCUACUUGGCAGGUUCCUGUCUUAUCAGGGUUAUUUUUUAUUUUGUUCCUGGGAAAUACAAUCACUACUUCAAUGGUCAUUCCACAAAAACUAAAAGAAGUGAAAAUAAGAAGAAUUAUAAAGACAUAUACACGAAAAAUGUCUGGCAACCGACUAGGAGCUGACCCGAAAAGUGACUGAAAAUUAAUUUAAAAGAUAUCAAUGAAUUACAACUUCAAGACCUUUAUGACUGUUAAAGUGUACCUAUAUAGAUGAAGAAUUACCUUUUGUUAAAAUAUUUUCGUUUAGUUAAAUGAAAAAUAUAUAUUAUAGUUUAUAUUGUCAUAGAUUA